CCCCCACCCCCCUCUUUGCUUGAUGACAUAGCCAUGAGCCUGCCGCCCCAGCAGAAACCCAACGCCAAGAGGACGGGUAAACGCAUCUCCUUCUUCAACGAGCAGGGCGUGGCCAUGAAAGAGCCGGUGGUGCAGCCGGCCGAGGCGGGGUUCUUCGGCCUCAUGCCCCCCCCGUCGGAGCAGAGGCCCGGCGAGGCGGGGGGCGUCCCGGCCUCCGGCGCGGAGGGGCCCAACCUCUACGUCAACUCCGUCAUCUUCAGCCCCGACAAGGGCGGCGAGCAGAGCCGGGGCCACUACCAGCACACGGUGCCCAUGAAGUGGCCCCACCAGGAGGCCCCGCAGCAGACCGGGUGGCCCCAGGGCAUCCCCAUCGCCUCCUGGUCCCAGGGCUAUCCCCAGUACCUGGGCGUGGGCCUCAGCGACGCCAGGGGGGGCCAGGCCGCCUUCCUGAAGCCCAUCAACGAGAAGCAGCAGCUGCCCAACCCCGCCGACAGGGACGUGGCCAAGGCCCGGGCCAUGGACUGGGAGCAGCAGCAGCAGCAGCAGCAGCAGCAGCAGCAGCAGCAGAACGUGGCGGCCAUGCAGCAUGCGCACGCGCAGGCCUACCAGCAGGGCCAGAAGCCGGCGGUGCUGCAGAGCCAGCCGCAUGCCUCGGCGCAUGUGGCCCCCGGGUCCGUGCUGCAGCCCUUCCAGGUCGCCUUCGGGCAGCCCAGGCCGCCCCUCCCCUCCGACUACUACCAGGUGUUCCAGAGCAACCGAACCUUGCCCAACAUGAACUACACUGCGCAGCCAAAGGCCCAGCACCAGCUGCAGCUGCAGCAGCAACAGCAGCAGCUGCAGCAGCAGCAGCGGCAACAACAACAACAGCAGCAGCAACAGCAACAGCGGCAACUUCAGCAGCAGCAGCUGCAACAACAGCAGCAGCAGCAGCAGCUGCAACAACAGCAGCUGCAGCAACAACAGCAGCAGUUGCAGCAACAGCAGCAGCAGCAGCAGCAGCUGCAGCAACAACAACAGCAACAGCAGCAGCAGCAAAACCAACAGCAGCAGCAGCAGCAGCACCCACAGCAGCAGCACCAGCUUCAACCACACCCGGCCCAAAUUCAACACCCAAACCAACACUUUCCAAACUUCUUCCAAAGCACCCACCUGCUCCAUGACAACCCGCACGUUCAGCAGCCCCCACCUCAGGCUUUGGGGCCCCCGGCCCCACCCCAGGGGCCCAGCGUCCAGGUCCCCGUGGACCCUCCCGAGGCCGAACCCCAAAAGUUCCCGUCGGGCCCCCAGCCGCCCCCGGACGCCCCGCAGCCCGCCCCCCGCAGGUCCCGUCGGCUCUCCAAGGAGGGGGGCGUGCCGCCGUCGGGUGACGGCCCCUUCCUGGCGCCCAUGUCCCAGCCGGGCCAGGGGCCCCAGAACGGGGGCCCCGAGGGCCGGGGGGCCCCCGCCAACGAGGACGUCCAAACGGCGGCCACGGGGGUGAUCCAGAGCACGCGGAGGAAGAGGAGGGCGUCCCAGGAGGUGAACCUGGAGACGCUGGCGCAGAAGGCCUCCGAGAUGGAGUCGCUGCCUCCGCAGGUCGUCAAGCCGGAGCCGGGGGAGAUUUGGAUGCCCGGCGGUACGGCGGCCGCCCCGGGCCGAGGCGCGGGCGAGAGGGAGGGCGUGAGUGCCAAGCGUUCCCGUGACGACCUGCUGCCGCUGGUGAUCCCGGUGUCCGUCCCGGUGCGGAGGGCCGACCACCCCUCGCCCGACCGGGAGCAGGCGGACCCGCUGGGGGCGUGGCCUGCCCGGCCCGCGGGCCUGCCGGGCCUCGGCCAGCCCGAGCACAAGCCCUCCGUCAUCGUGACCCGCCGACGCUCCCUCCGGAACUCGCUGUCCGAAAGCUCCGGCCUGAACGGCGGUGGCGAGGGAGGGAAAGACGACGACGGGAAAAAGUCCAAACGCCGGCCCCGCCCCGAGCCGCUCUUCAUCCCGCCCCCGAAGCCGGGCACCUUCAUCGUCCCGCCCGUGUACUCCAGCAUCACGCCCUACCAGAGCCACCUGCGCUCGCCCGUGCGCCUGGCGGACAACCCGCUGACCAUGCCGCCCUACACGCCGCCGCCCAUCCUCAGCCCCGUGCGCGAGGGCUCGGGCCUCUACUUCUCCACCUUCCUGUCCUCGGCCGCCGCCGCCGCCGCCGCCAACAGCCAGGGCCUGCCGCCGCCCGCCACGCCCAAGUCCGCCACCCGCAGCCUGCUGCGCUCCAACAGCUGUGAUAUAACACCCCCGGUUCUCUCUGCGAUGGGCGAGGCCACACCAGUCAGCAUCGAACCGCGGAUUAACAUUGGCAAUCGGUACCAGGCGGAGGUGCCCGAGCUGCGGGACCGUUCUGCGGCCCAGCAGGACCAGCACCUGGCCGAGAUCGUUUGGACUCCGCUGCCCGAGCUGGAAUCCAAGCCCGCUCAGCAGGAAAGAGUGAAUGACCUCAUGAACCUGGCCUGCUCCAGUGCUCUGUGUGGGGGUGGGACCAAUCAGGAGCUGGCCCUUCACUGCCUCUACGAGUGCAAGGGUGACAUUCUGGGAGCUCUUGCCCUCUUGCUGCUGAAGAAGCCGAUAUUUUCCAAGACCCACCCGCUGGGUAACUACCACUACUCAGGGUCUGACGCCUGGACGCCCGCGGAGAAGCGCUACUUCAACAAAGGCAUCAGCGCGUACAAGAAGGACUUCUUCAUGGUUCAGAAAGUGGUGCGCACAAAGACGGUGGCGCAGUGCGUGGAGUUCUACUACACCUACAAGAAGCAGGUAAAGAUUGGCCGCAACGGGACCCUCAUCUACGGGGACACCGAGCCCCCCGAGGCGAAAGCCACCGAGGCGGAGGUGGACGUCAAGAGCUCGCAACGAUAUGAAACACGGAAGGAGGAAGACGCUGACCAGAAGUGGGAUGGGCCAUGUGACAGGAAACAGAACAGUAGCCCCCCCAGGGUGACACAAACACUCCAGGCCUCUGAGAACGUUGGUGCUGUGCUGCUGUUGAAGGAAGAACCCAGGAGGGAUCAGCCGUCCUGGGGGGUCAGUCAGGCCCCGCUCCCUCAGCCGCACCCGCAGCCCCCUCCCGCCCCCUCCAAACCCCGCCCCGACACCGCCGGGAAGAAGCCUGUGACGUCGACCGCCGGGAAGGGCCAGACCAACCAAGAAGGGGAAUUCCCCUGCAAGAAGUGUGGCAGGGUGUUCUUCAAGGUGAAGAGCCGCAGUGCGCACAUGAAGAGCCACGCGGAGCAGGAGAAGAAGGCGGCGGCGCUGCGGCAGAAAGAGGCUGAGGAGCGGGCGGCAGCGGAGGCGGCGGCAGCAGCAGCAGCAGCGGCGGCGGCGGCGGCGGCAGCGGAGGAGGAGGAGGAGGAGGAGGAGGCGCGGCAGAACGGAGAGAAGGAGCAGGGCGAAGAGAGCAGCGACGAGUCCUCGGAGGAGGGGGAGGACGUGGACGACGAGGACUGGCACUGAGCGCGCCCGGAAAAAACGAGGAGCAAAAAACUUAAACAACAACAAAAAAAAAAAACAAACAUGGCGGACGGAGAACGGCAGGGCAAGGCACGCACUCGGCCACGGAGAACACCGUCAGCUGGAGAACAAAGACACGCGUUUGGUUGGGUUUCGUUUCUUUUCUUUUUUUUCUUUUUUUUUUAAAUGGGAUAUUUUCUUCCCAACCCGAACACGUUCGAAGAUGGGCCCUACCCCCCUGUGUGUGAGAGAGUGUGUAUGUGUGUGCGUGCGUGCGCGCGUGUGUGUGUGUGUGUGUGUGUGUGUGUGUGUGUGUGUGUGUGUGUGUACUCUCUGGUCUCGUUAUUUAUUUAUUUUGCUCUUUGGAAGACUUUCAGGAGUUCUUUUUUUAUCCGUACUGGGCCACAGGGAGUGACAGCCAUUUCCUAACUGCGUGAAAACGUUUGCUGAACAGUGUGUACAGCAGUGCCCUCCCCCCAACACUCCUACUGAGCACUUUGGGACUGACCCGGCACAGAAAUGGGGAGGACCGAGGGUGUGCUGAAUUUGGCGUGUGCAUCUCGAACCCCCCCCCCCCCGCCCGAGGGCCACGCCCUAACACCUGCAGGGUUGGGGCGCGGCGAUACGUGGAGUGCUGCUCUCUCUCUCUCUCUCUCUCUCUCUCUCUCUCUUUCUCUCUCCCUCUCCCUCUCCCUCUCUCUCUCUCUCUCUCUAUCUCAACGUGAAUAUACCAUCAGUAAUAUUACGGUAGGGUUCAGUGAUAUGUUACAAUGCAAAAAAAAUAAAUAAAUAAAUAAAAAUUAUGUAAUUAGGAAGUCCGGGGGGAGAAAAACCAAACUGACUGUGUGGGGGUAUGGGGGGGGGGGGGGCAGGCAGUGAUGUCGGGGUGCACAGCACAAGUCUGGCUUCUCACAGGACUGCGGAAUGCACAUGCUCACUUAAAUGUUUCUAUGCCCUAUCCACACCAGCCCUGUCCUGUCCCACCUCUCCCACACUUAAGACUGCCAAAAGCUUGCACAUAUCCACAGGAAGCUCACUUCCAGCAUUCAGUGCUGGACUGUGGGGUUUUCUCUCCUUGUUUAUUGUAAUACCCCCCCCCACCCCAACUGUUAAUGCCUUGGAUGUUUAUGCUUUUUACCUAAACCAGACAAUCAGUUUCACAAAGGUUCUUUUUUUAUUCAACAACUUAUGAUAAUUAUUAUUAUUAUUACUGUAUUGAUGUCUGUUUAUAUUCCUAUAUUAUUAUUAUUAUUGUUGUUGUUUAUUGGUGUAAUUUAGAUUUGUUGUAGUUCUUUUUCUCAUCUGGCUUAAAGUUUAUAUAUAUAUAUAUAUAUAUUUUUUUUUUAAACAGUCCCAAUUAUACAGAAUUUUGGCUGUGUGUGAAAAUUGGGUUGUGGGCAUAAAACGUUUAGACACCAGUCUCGGAAGUGAAAUACAAUGUUGUGAUAUCCAACUGUAGAAGUCUAUACCCCCCCCCCCCGCCCCCCCACGGCUAGGACAAGGCAUAUAUACAGUACUUUACAGGACCCGCUUUCUUAGAUUGUCAAGAAGUCUGCUUUCAGCCCUUCCUGGGUUCUCCCUUACUUUUCCAGUCUGAAGAAAAACAAACUUCAGUUCUCUUGCCCUAGCUACCAGGAUCCGUUUCCAUGGCAGCAGAGACUGGGUGUUCUUUGAAUUUAUCUUCCUUCCCCUUUGAUUAAAUUUACAGCCAAGCGUCGCGGCUCCUUUCGUAUCUCUAGUUUACUUUUUUUGGGUCUGUGGACAAAUUUGUGAGUGCGGCGUAUCUUUGACCUUUCAGUUUGUGCGUUUUGCAUGUGUGUGUGUGUGUGCGCGCAUAUGUGUGUGUGUGCACGUGUAUGUCUGCGUGUUUGCAUCUUAAAGCCAAAACCUUCAGUCGGAAACUUCAGGACCAUAUGAGAAAAAGAACUUGCCUGACUGUUCUUUUUUUUUUAUAUUCAAUUUAUAUUUUUAAACUUCUGAAGAGAUUCACCAGUUCUGAUCUACAAACAGGUCACUGUGCUGCAGUUAUUCCGUUUUCUAUAGAAAUAUAAUGGAGUGAAUUGAUUUUAGGUUACAAACUCUAAGUUGAAAACACUCCUUUCAACCAGUACAGUUAGUUAAGGGAGCUGCAGAUUGAAAAAAAUAAUAAUAUACAUAAAGUAUAUAUAAUUAUAUGUAUCCAUAUUUUCUAUAUUUUCAUAAGGAGCCUAGGACACACUAAUUGUGAAAACAGAAAGGAAUCUCAAUGGCUUUUUACUACAGUGUAAUUUAUUUGUUUUAAUUGGUUGAUUUCUUUCACUUUUUGAAUAAUAAAAUGAGUAAAAAAACACCUUUUAUUAAAAAUUUGAACUUAAAA